UCUCAAUGAUGCAUCCAGAGUUCACGAUUGAGAUUUGCAGGAUCGCAAGCGCGAGCCGUGGGGGGCAAUCAUGCGCGGAGCAGGCUCGCCAACCUGCCUCUGCCUUCCAUCAGCUCGCAAAGCAUGCCUAGCCCGCAUUUCUAGUCGUGAGUUGGACUCGAUAAUGGCGCGCCACACGCCAGAUGCGCACAAGCGCAAAUAUGUACAGCACAAGACCAAGUCCGGCGCCAACAUCGCACCGCUAGGACCUGGCAGAGAUGGCAAGACGGGAGGGCGUGGAGGCGGUUUCAAAGUUGGUCCAGCACAUGCUCCAGACGGCAGCUAUCUGGGCAAAGCCAAGAAACGAAAAGCGCAGCUGAUAGAGAAUGCCAAGGUCAAGGCUGCUUACUAUGCGCGACACGGCGGACGAGACACGACUCGUCGCGAGCAAGAGCGCAAGGUGGAUGGCGAGUCACAAUCGUUAGCAGGGCCCUCUGCUGCAAGUCUAGGUCGCUUCGCUCCUGAAGACGAGGACACGAAGCGACUGAUCGAGCAAGCAGAGAAACAGCCGGAAAUUCGGUUGAAGCAGGCCAAGCCUCCGCGGGACGCUGUUACACAGGACAACGGUAGUACAGUUCGACGCGCAGAUCCCGAAGGAGACAGUGACAGCAAGCAGCAAAAAGAAGGAGGCGUGUCACAGCGAUCGGAUGCGAGCUCGGCGAGGAGCAAAGGAUCGAGCAGGGAAGAAGCACUGCAGGACAGGAAGAGGAGAUCAAGCUUGGGCGGUAAAGUCAACAGGAAAGGGCAACCAAACCUCGGAGCACGAGUUGGCUUACUCCUGGACAAGCUGCAGCGAUAGGCAUUGUCAUCGCGCCCGUAAAUCGGCACAGCUCCGACGAGGAGGCGUUGUGCGCAAGAGCUGAGGUCGAUGGAUGACGCAUCGCAAAGCUCCCGAAGCAAGCGGUAGCUAGAGCGGCCACUGACCCUGGUCGUCUCGACGGUAUCUCUAGUCCAAUGCCUACUCACUCUGGCACACAGAUGGUGAUGUGCAAUCAAUGCAUCAUAACGCAGAGAGCUGGAGAGUUGAUAUAUAUGCAAGGGCAGGAUACAUGGCGGCCCGCGGGUGAGCGCGCGAACACCUUCUCGGUGUAAAGGAGGCGUGGAAGCAGCAAACGAGUGUGUAGGUGAGAUUAGACUCAGCAGAAUCGAGGUCGGACUGGGGUUACAACGAAGGACAGUACGUCUGCGCGCGACGUGUUGAUCGAGAGAGGCAUUGACAGGGCGGGAAGAGCCUCAAGCAAGCUACAUGUAGAAGAACCAUCAAC